AUGAUGACGGAAGACAGAGACAACCUGCCAUGGGUUGAAAAGUACAGACCGCAGACGCUGGACGAUGUCUAUGGGCAAAGGGAAGUGGUUGGCACGGUGAAGAAGUUUGUUCAAGAGGGCAAGCUGCCACAUCUGCUGUUCUAUGGUCCUCCCGGUACUGGUAAGACGAGUACCAUUGUUGCGUUAGCCAAGGACAUCUAUGGUAAGAACUACUCCAACAUGGUUCUCGAGCUGAAUGCGUCAGACGACAGAGGUAUAGACGUGGUCCGUAACCAGAUCAAGGAUUUCGCAUCCACGAGGCAGAUAUUCUCCAAGGGUUUCAAGCUGAUCAUACUGGAUGAGGCCGAUGCGAUGACGAAUGCGGCGCAGAACGCGCUGAGAAGGAUCAUUGAGAAGUAUACCAAGAACACCAGGUUCUGCAUCCUGGCCAACUACAGCCACAAGAUUACCCCAGCGUUGCUGAGUAGAUGUACGAGGUUUCGGUUCCAGCCGUUGCCUAACGACGCGGUAGAGAAGCGUAUGGCCAAUGUGCUGGUCCAUGAGCACUUGCGGAUAUCGCCAGCGGCCAAAGAGGCCCUUCUGGAGUUAUCCAACGGUGACAUGAGACGUGUGUUGAAUGUGCUCCAGGCAAGCAAAGCCACGCUGGAGUCACCGGAGGACGAGAUAACGGACGAAGUCAUCUACGAGUGCUGUGGUGCGCCAAGACCCCAGGACAUACAAACGAUACUCAAGUCCAUACUGGAGGACGACUGGUCUACCGCGUACGACACACUCACGAGGAUCCGCAGCAGCAACGGGCUGGCCCUCAUAGACCUGAUCGAGUCCAUCGUCAAGAUACUCGAGGAGUACAAGUUGAAGAAAGAGGAAACCCGCAUCAGUCUCCUCUCACAGCUCGGCGACAUCGAGUACGCCAUCUCAAAGGGAGGCAACGACAAGAUACAAUCAAGCGCAGUGAUAGGAGCCAUCAAGAGCAGCUUCGAGCUAGAACUAGUAUAG